GGGCUCAGCCCUCAGCUGCCAGGGUUGGGGGUUCCUGAGUCUGGCCCUGGGGGGCUCUGGGGUGCAGGGGUGGAGGGAGCAUGGUGGGGGAUAGAAUGGCACAGGAUGCCUGGGGCAUGGAGUGACCCAAGGGUUGGAAGUGAUGAACUGGGCACAGGAGGUGGUGGGUACAGGAGGGCUGGGGUCUGUAGGGGUGGCACUGGGGACAGGGCACAGGGUGGCACUUGGGAUGGUGGAGGGACAGUGGGGGUAUGGGGGUGGUUCUGAGGGGACAUGGGGAGGACAGGGUGAUGCGGGGGCUGGCAGACGGCUUGUGGGGGUGUCCCCAGGGUGGCCAAGGGUGAUGGGGCUCUGGGAUCUCCCAAGGGUGCUAGUGGUGUCCCCAGUGUCCCUGUGCCAUGUGGCCCUGCCUGCUGAUUGCCCUGGCCCUGCUGGGCACAGUUCCCAUCAGCCGCUCUGCCCUGUGGUGGAGGAUGAGGAGGAUAUGACAGGGCUGGAGGUGCCUGAGGAGUACAGUAAGUGCCUGGGGGCCAGUGACAAGCAGGCACUUGGUGUCCCCAGCAUGCCCGGCACCGCCACCUGCCGCUACGUUGUCAUCUCCCGCUGCCGAAGCUUCCACCAUGCGCAGCACAUCUGUGCCCGACGCUUCCACGGUCGCUUGGCCUCGAUCCACGACUCCCGCACCAACACCUUCCUGCUGCUCCUGGCGCGCCAGCAGUGCAGGGCCGGCCAGGUCUGGAUCGGUGCCGUCAGCCAGCCCGCUAUUCCAAUCCCAAGCUGCCACUGGACGGACCAUAGCCCCUGGAACUACAGCCGGUGGGUGCCGGGGCACCCCCUGCCCGGCCGCCGCUUCUGCACCGCCCUCUGCACCAACAAUGGGCUCUGGAGGAGUGUGCGCUGCAAGAGCCGGCUGCCCUUCAUCUGCGAGAUAUGAGGGGCUCAGCGCCCCCGGGUGCCCCCAGGCCUCCCUUAAUGCUGUUCCCCCAUGGGGGGCUGCAGCCCCUCCCUCAAAAUACAAUAAAGUCUUGGUGUCAGCACCCACUUGGUGUUUGGGCAAGGCCAGAGAGCCUGGCUGGGUGCAC